AUGAGAGUAAAGCUUCAGGCUAUGAAAAUGAGAAUGGAAACACAAGACAUAGGAAGUAAAACGAAAUUCAAGUGUCGAAUAAAUCUGGCCAUAGCAAAUGCGGGUUUGGCUAACUUUUCUAUGGAAAGGAAAGGAAAGGAAGCUUUUAGUGAAGAUUAUGCAACAAAGUUAUCUGGGGACGAGGCUUUCUCUGUGGUUAGUCAAGAUAUCAAACAUCUUAAUAGUCUUCUCGCCUCAGAGGGUAAUACAGACCACAUUAUCAUUUCCAGCUGGUGCAGAUAUCCACUAUAUGAGGCUGACUUUGGUUUGGGGAAGCCAACAUGGGUGACUAUAUAUGGGUAUAAUCUGAUGUUCAAGAAUUCCGUAUUUCUGAUGGAUACGAGAGAUGGCAGCGGAAUAGAAGCUUGGAUUACUCUUAGUGAAGAAGACAUGGCAUUAUUUGAACAAGAUAAAGAUCUGCUUGGAUUUGCAUCUUCCAACCCAACUGUCCAGGAUUAA